ACCAGUCUUUCUAGGGUGGUGGUGCUGCAAACUUCUCAGAAGUUGUGAAAGCUGCGGAUUAACGAAACCUGAACGAUCGGCGUCUCAGUUCAAAACCAUAGAUCUGCUUUUUUUUCGGAUAUAUAAUCGGAUUGUGAAUUAGGCGUUUUUGCAAAGGGCUGAAACGGCCGAGAAAACAUGCUGGUUUUCACCGCUGGCAUCAGGAUCGCUAGCACAUGAAUUAUAUGAAUGUAGAUAGAUAAAUGCAACGCGUUUAUGAUGACAACCGUGCCAGCGACACAAACCUUGGUUAGUUAACAUCUGAUUAUUUUUGUGUGUUUUUAAUAUCUUUUUCUGCCUCUGUUUUACAAUCUGUCCUCCGGACCUGGCUGACAUGACGCCCGAUCUCCUUAAUUUUAAGAAGGGGUGGAUGUCGGUGCUUGACGAAAAUGGAGAGUGGAAGAAACAUUGGUUUGUGCUGACUGACUCCAGCCUGAAAUACUACAGGGAUUCAGGAGCAGAAGAGAAGGAUGAUCUUGAUGGGGAGAUCGACCUGAGGUCCUGUGUAAAUGUGACCGAGUUUGACGUCGAAAAGAACUAUGGCUUCCAGAUACAGACCCUGAAUGCCGUCUUCAUCCUCUCUGCCAUGACUGCUGGAAUCCGCAAGAACUGGAUCGAGGUUUUGAGGAAAAGCGUCCGGACUGGCAAUACCCCUGACAUCACACAACUGCCGGAUAGCAGUAGUGACAAGGAGAACUCCCAUAGUCUUGGUCGCACCCCCUCCUCCCGUCAGCACCCCUCCUGGCAGUCGAGCGGGGCAGCCACCCCUCCCGCCACGGCUGCUAUGCGGCGGUUCGACUAUGUGGAGCUAGCACCGGUGACUGUGGCCCUUGGGGUUAUGCCCACCUCUCUCCGGGGGACAGGGGAGGGGCAGGCUCGGGAUAAAGGGCCGGGCACGACGAUGGAGCAGCGGCAGCGAAUGGAGGAAGAGAUUGAGAAGAAGUGGGCGGAGUUUGAGAAGCUUCCCCUGAAGAGGAUGUGCUCCCUGCCCCCGAUGAGCUCACUGGGCGGACAGCCGGCCAAUGAGGCGCUGCAGAGGGAGGUAGUGGCGUCUCUGAGGCAGCAGCUGGAGCGAAAACAGAGUGGAGGAGGAGGAGGAGGAGGAGGAGGGGGGGGGAUGGGUCACUGUGGGCCCGAGGCUCCAUGUGGCCGCAGCUUGGAGGCCAUGGAGACGGCGCACCAGCAUGCCCUGGCCGAGCUGCAGAGGAGACACGACAGGGAGACACGGGGGCUGGAGACGGAGAGGGAUAGACUGCUGAAGGAGGAAGCACAGGCCACGGCGCAGGCAAUGGAAGCUCUGAAGAAGGCCCACCACGAGGAGAUGGAGCGAGAGCUGGAGGCAGUCCGGCGGCUGGCGGGGGCCAGUGCGGAUGUGGAGGCUCUGAAGAGGCAGCAGGAGUCAGAUCGGCAGGGCCUGCAGAGGGAGCUGGACGGCCUGUCCGAUAGGUACUCUCAGAAGUGCCUGGAGCUGAACCGGGCCAUGCAGAGUGGUGGGGAGCGGGAGAGAGAGCUCAGCCGCAGGGACGCAGAGAUGGAGCAGCUGAAGAAAGACAAUCAGGUGCUCCAGGCCCGUGUGAUGGAGGAGAUCAACCGGAUGCACUCUUUGGCCAAAAGCCCAGGGUCAGAUGGCGUCCCUCAUGAUGGCCAUCAGCCCGACUCCUGUCACCUGGAGGUGCUGCUGCGGAUGAAGGAGAAUGAGGUGCAAUAUCUGCUUAAGGAGAUCGGCUGCCUGAGAGAGGAACUGCAAGCCCUCAACAUGGAAAAGCGGGAGGCAUGCAAGCGCUACAAGGAGGUGCACGCGGAGCUGAGCGGGAUGAAGAGCCGCAGCGAGCGGGAGGUGGUGGCCCUGAAGGAGCACCUGAAGCUGGCCAUGGCGGCUCUUCAGGAGGGCCAGCGGCUGGGGAACAGCCUGGACCACUGAGACUGAACCGGGGGGGGAUCCAGAGGGCUGAGUGCACAAGGAGAAUGGGGUUAAUGCGGAGGAGCCACCUCCUCAUCUUGAGUCAUGAGUGGACCCAAAUCAUUAUGUCGCGCUCUGUUGAACUACCCCCCCCCCCCAAAAUAAGCUCUCCUCCUUCUUAGAUGAGCUCCUCCUACACUGGUGUGACUGCUCUAUAUUUUUUUGGAUUAAUGGAGCCAGGAUAAUGAAACUUCCUGGAUCUGACUGACCUUCACUGAAAGGUCUUUAAAACUGGCUGUUAAAAUUAACAAAAAAAGGUUUUUCAAGGGUGUUCCAGGUCUCAAGGAUGCAGCCCUUUGCAGAGGACCUUGGUGCAGCCUUGUGUUCACAAGAUGCUGUCUUGGGGGACUGACCACUUAGUCCCGAUCUGUCAGGAAAGUGCGAUGAAAUGCUUUAGCUGGUCGAUUUUCUACACUGGGUCAACCUAAUGUCAGGCUGCACUUUUUAGCUGUGAGCAAGUAUUGGAGUUCAAGCAAAGAAUGAAAUGUGGAUUUUAGGCAGUGGGUGUUUUAGGAAUUCUUAAGUGAAAUUUCUUCUGAGCUGUGAGUGUAUAGUAAAGCAUGAGUAAAUUCCUAUUUGGGCCACUUUGUAUGGCAGCCUUGGAUAAUCAGAUGGACCCCGUGUGUGCUGUGUCAUAUCAAAUACAAGAAUUAGUGUUUUGGAUGGUUGAGUGAGUAUUUUGUAGGAUUCUAAAUGAGCUCUGUAUAUAGAUAUAUUUUUAAGAUUUAUUUCCUUUUUUGGGAGAGGGAUGCUGUGUUUGCUCUGUUUUUUUAAACUUUACUGUUUAAAUGUGUGAUCUAGGACACAUGGCUGUAAUUGCAACAUAUUGGGACAAAUUAAACUGGAAUGGCUACAGGGAGCUGGUACACGUACCUACCCGUUUCAGACAGUAGGGGGCACUACAGCCAAUUGUGUCUUGUCAAUAAAGGUUUAUUUUCACUGUGA